AUGGUAGCCUUUUCUAGCUCUGAAGGUCGUGCAACGCUCUUCUUUCCCAGUGAUGGCACGUGGUUCCAAGGUUACUUUAUUUGCGCGUCAACUCGAGUGCAACUGGGUUUGAUGGGCGAAGAGAUCGCUGUCGAUGACUGUAUGGCGUGUCCAGAUGGAGGAUAUCAGGAAUUUCGACUCACAAUCUUGCAUUUUGAUUUGAAGAAAGAGACUCAAGUGAUUGUUGGAAAAACUGGAGGAACUUUGUGCCAACUAACUGGUGAUAAUGUUCAUUUUCGCUCAUCUAUUUCAUUAACAGAUGACAAGGCAGUUGAAGCUAUUGAUAAGUACUUUCCGAGUAUUGCUGAACGUGUUAAUCACAACGUGAGUUUACUGCAAGAAUGUACUGUGUGCUUUGGAGACAUGGAGAUAACAGAGCUGAUCUUUCCCUCGUAA